AUGUCCACUUCACUCCCCACACCUCCCAAACCACUAAGCAAUGCACCCAACAAUACAAAACAAAACUCCACAGAGGUUCUCUGCCGCUAUAAGUUGCUAACUGUGAAUUUGAAUUCUCCAAAAGUAUCAUCAAUGUUGAGAGUGAAGGGAGGGAGCAGGCAGUCGUGGGUGGGGCUCGGCAUCGCCGUUUGGGUCCAGAUCGUGUCGGGGAACAUAUUCACCUUCCCACUCUACUCUCACCUAAGAAGCAUGGACGCGACUCAUCACCGGCGUGUCCCGGGUCGAACUCGCACCAGACACGCAUGCGGGUACAACUCCGGUGCGACGCGGUGUCCGUCGCCUUCGUCGUCACCGGACACGGUUGAACAAAUAGUUCUUCUGCGUCUUCUCCUUGUUGUUCCCGCAAGCGCCUCCAUUGCUGCACAAUGCCGCGUUCGUUUCCUUCCCCGCGCAGGGAUGAGUGCUUCUAGUCCUAGUCAAGCUAAAGAACAAGAUGAUGAUACCAAACCUUUAUUGACCUAUGUUACAAAGAUAAAAAGUGUACCUGGUGGUGGAAAUUAUGAGAUAAAAUAUAAUAUUUGUAAUUUUACCUUUAAUGGAUCUUACACUAGAGUGAGGGCACACUUGUUGAAGAUGACAGGAAAGGGAGUUAGAGUUUGUCAAAAGAUCAGUGGUUACCAACCUCCAGGUUAUAAUAAAUUAAGGACAACAUUACUUCAAAACGAGAAAAGACAUGUGGAGAAUUUGUUACAACCAAUUAAAAAUGCAUGGAGCCAGAAGGGUGUGAGCAUUGUUAGUGAUGGAUGGAGUGACCCGCAAAGAAGAUCUCUUAUUAAUUUCAUGGCUGUCACGGAGAGUGGACCUAUGUUUUUAAAGGUCAUUGAUUGUUCAAAUGAGAUCAAAGACAAGGAUUUCAUUGCCAAACAUAUGAGGGAGGUAAUUAUGGAGGUUGGGCACUCAAAUGUUGUGCAAAUAGUGACGGAUAAUGCAGCCGUUUGUAAAGCAGCAGGUUUAAUAAUUGAGGCUGAAUUUCCUUCCAUCUAUUGGACUCCAUGUGUUGUCCAUACAUUAAAUCUUGCUUUGAAGAACAUAUGUGCAGCCAAGAAUACAGAAAAAAAUAAUGUUGCUUAUGAAGAAUGUUCUUGGAUCACCCAAAUUGCGGAUGAUGCAAUAUUUGUGAAAAACUUUGUCAUGAGUCACUCUAUGAGACUAUCAAUUUUCAAUUCAUUCAAUUCAUUGAAAUUGCUUUCCAUUGCUCCAACAAAAUUUGCCUCCACUAUUGUAAUGCUCAAGAGAUUCAAACAAUUGAAGAAAGGACUCCAAGAGAUGAUCAUUAGUGACCAAUGGUCUUCUUAUAAGGAAGAUGAUGUUGCAAAGGCUAAAUUUGUGAAAGAUACUUUGUUGGAUGAUAAAUGGUGGGAUAAGGUUGAUUAUAUUCUUUCUUUCACUAGCCCUAUCUAUGAUGUUCUUAGAAGAACGGAUACAGAAGCUUCAUCUCUCCAUCUAGUAUAUGAGAUGUGGGAUUCAAUGAUUGAAAAGGUGAAGAAUGCCAUAUAUCAAUAUGAGAGAAAGGAGGAGAGUGAAAGAUCAACCUUUUAUGUGGUAGUGCACGCCAUAUUAAUUGACCAUUGGACUAAGAGUAGCACUCCUCUCCAUUGUUUAGCUCAUUCUUUAAAUCCUAGAUAUUAUAGUCAUGAAUGGUUAAGUGAAGAUUCUAAUCGAGUUCCUCCACAUCAAGACAUGGAACUCACUCGUGAAAGAUUAAAAUGCUUCAAGAGGUUCUUUCUUGAUGUGGAUGUAAGGAGGAAAGUGAAUAUUGAGUUUGCCAACUUCUUGGAUGGAAGAGAAGGUUUUGAUGAUCUUGAUUCUUUAAAUGAUAGAGGUCAAAUGGAUCCAAAAGCUUGGUGGCUAGUUUAUGACAUUAAUGCUCCAAUACUUCAAAAGAUUGCCCUUAAGCUACUUGCGCAACCUUGUUCAUCUUCUUGUUGUGAAAGGAAUUGGAGUACAUAUUCAUUUAUCCAUUCUUUAAAGAGAAACAAGAUGACACCACAUAGAGCUGAAGAUUUAGUAUUUGUUCAUAGCAACCUACGACUUCUCUCAAGGAAUACUCCACAAUAUCAUCAAGAGGAAACUAAAAUGUGGGAUGUAGCUGGAGAUGAUUUUGGGUCACUUGAUGAUUGUGGUAUUCUUGAAAUUGCUAGUUUGUCUUUAGAUGAACCAGAGUUAGAGGGUGUCUUUUUCAAUGAUGAUUGCUAG